AAUGCCGUUUGGGCUCUGAGGCGUUUAGAAUAAAUAAGAGACUAAAGAUGGCGACGGUGGAGGAUUCAUGGGACAAAUUCGGAUCCAAAACUUCUCUUUGGAUUACAGAGUCCAGCGGUCCAGUCGCGCAGUGAGAGCCGCGAAACCCCGCGACACCGAGCCGAGACCCGGUUCUGCUUCCGCGGCUCCGUUACAGGGCUUUUCUUCUCUCUUGCAGCAGCGGAUUUUGGACUCAGAUCGUCAGAACCGACGCCGGAUCCCGCUGAUAUGAUCCCGGACUGAACACGAACCCGAGUCCGUGUCGAACUGUUGUUUGGUUCUGGUGGAUGGAGGCCUCUGGAGGGAGUCUGUCCGUCACGGUGUCGCAGUGAUUUGGGUCGGAACCGGAUCGUGAUGUAUUUUCUGAGCGGCUGGCCGCGGAGGCUCCUCUGCCCGCUCCGGAGCAGCGAGCGGCCCUUCCUGAUCGAGCCCAGCGCGCAACGCUUCUACCUGGCGGUGCUGUCCGAGACCCAGAUCAGCAUCUGGUCCAGCCGGCCCAGCGUGUUGAUCGUCAGUUAUAUCGAGUCUGGGAAAGCGGCAGCACAGUUCGGCUUCUAUCAGCAGGUGGAAUGGAAGCCCGAUGACUCCAUGAUCGCAGUGGCGGCUGCGAACGGUUACGUCCUGCUGUUCGACAUCAUCGGAGGCUCGGAUGAGAAGUACCUGUACGAGCCCAUCUAUCCCAAGGGCAGUGCUCGUGUUAAGGUGACUCCGGGUUAUAAGGAGGAACAGUGCGCUCCAGCUCUGACCUUAGAGAUGAAGAAACCCGUAGACCUGGAGGCUCCAAUCAGCUGUCUGCAGACGCUGCAGGAGGAUCUGUUAGUGGCGACAGCAGAUGGUUAUCUGCACAUGCUGCACUGGGACAGCGUGAGUAAUGGCCGGAGAGCGGUCAACCUGUGCACCAUCCCGUUCUCCCUCGACCUGCAGUCCUCCAGAGGAGGGCCGUGUUUGGAUCUGGACGGUGUUCACAUUCGGGAUAUGGAGUAUUGCACUACGCUGGACGGGUUUGCUGUCGUGUUUGAUGACGGGCGACUGGGAUUCAUAACACCAACCGCAAACAGACUCGCCACAGAUCAGCUGCAGGGCGUUUGGGCCGCAGAUGUCUCUGAUGGCACGUGUGUCGCCGUCAACAACAAAUACAGACUCAUGGCCUUCGGAUGUGCAAGCGGGUCAGUGUUGGUGUACAUGAUUGACAGCUCCACAGGAUCCAUGCAGCUCUCUCAUAAACUGGAGUUAACCCCGAAACACUACCCAGAUAUCUGGAAUAAAACGGGGCCUGUGAAGAUGAUCCGCUGGUCUCCGGACUGCAGUGUUGCCAUGGUGACGUGGGACUGUGGCGGUCUGUCUCUGUGGAGUGUGUUUGGAGCUCAUCUCAUCUGCACACUCGGGGAGGAUUUUGCCUAUCGCUCAGACGGCACUAAGAAAGAGCCUCUGAAGAUCAGCUCUAUGGGCUGGGGUGUGGAGGGAUACCAUCUGUGGGUGAUCGGCAGCACGGACGUGACUCCUGUUCCCGACGGAGCGGAAGGAGACGAGAAACUCCAGCAGGCCGGGAUUCUGCAGUUUCAGUUCAUUAAGAGCGCGCUGACCGUCAACCCGUGCACGAGUAAUCAGGAGCAGGUGUUGCUCCACGGGGAGGAUCGUCUGUAUCUGACCUGUGGAGACCCGACUCAGGCUCACAGUGUGCCGGAUAAGAGCCCGUCGCGGGACAGUGGUGGCAGUCCACUGCGCCGGCCGUCAGCGUCCACCCCUCUCUCUCAGGGUCUCAGCACUUUACUGGGCCACAAGCACUGGCAGGUGGUUCAGAUUCACAGCACAUAUCUAGAGACAAACUGGCCCAUCAGGUUCGCAGCUAUAGACUGGUCUGGUCAGUGUGUGGCCGUAGCUGGCCGCCGUGGAAUUGCACAUUACUCCUUAUAUACCAGGAAGUGGAAACUGUUCGGUAACGUCACACAGGAGCAGAAUAUGACUGUGACGGGAGGUCUCGCGUGGUGGAACGACUUUGUCGUUGUUGCCUGUUACAAUUUCAUUGACCGGCAGGAAGAGCUGAGGUUAUACGUGCGCUCGUCUAACCUGGAUAACGCGUUUGCCAGCGUCACUAAACUUCACGCCGACACGCUGCUGCUGAACGUGUUUCGUAACGUGGUGAUUCUGUUCCGUGCCGACUGCUCCAUCUGCCUGUACAGCAUUGAGAGACGGCACGACAGUCCGAGCCCGUCGGCCAGUGUGGAGCUGCUGCAGGAGGUCUCCAUGUCCCGCUAUAUUCCUCACCCUGGUCUGGUGGUGUCUGUGACCCUCACGUCAGUACGGACAGAGACCGGCAUCACGCUCAAAGCCCCGCAGCAUGCCUGUUCGGCUGAGAGUAUCCUGUUGAAUUUGGCCGGUCAGCUGAUCAUGCUGCAGAGAGACCGAUCCGGCCCACAGGUACGAGAGAAAGACACGCCGGCCAAUCAGACGAAGCUGCUUCCCUUCUGUCCGCCGGUGGUUCUGGCUCAGUGCGUGGAGAACGUCUGGACCACCUGCCGCAGCAACCGCAAGAAACGCCACCUGAUGGAGGCGCUGUGGCUGUCGUGCGGCGAGGCGGGCAUGAAGGUGUGGCUUCCUCUGUUCCCGCGAGACCACCGCAAGCCGCACUCGUUCCUGUCGCGCCGGAUCAUGCUGCCCUUCCACAUCAACAUCUACCCGCUCACCGUGCUGUUCGAGGACGCGCUCAUCCUGGGCGCCUCCAACGAGACCGUGCUGUUCGACGGGCCCGGCUCGUCCUCGCUGGAGGCGCUCUUCCCCUUCUGCACGGUGGAGCGGACGUCCCAGAUCUACCUCCAUCACAUCCUGAGACAGCUGCUGGUGCGUAACCUGGGCGAGCAGGCGCUGAUGCUGGCGCAGUCUUGCGCGAUGCUGCCGUACUUCCCUCACGUUCUGGAGCUGAUGGUGCAUGUGGUGCUGGAGGAGGAGGCCACGUCCCGAGAGCCCAUCCCCGACCCGCUGCUGCCCACCGUCGCCAAGUUCGUGACCGAGUUCCCGCUCUUCCUGCAGACCAUCGUCCACUGCGCGCGCAAGACCGAAUACGCGCUGUGGAACUACCUGUUCGCCGCCGUGGGGAACCCCAAAGACCUGUUCGAGGAGUGUCUGAUGGCACAGGAUUUGGACACAGCUGCAUCCUACCUGAUCAUCCUGCAGAAUAUGGAGGUCCCGGCGGUCAGCCGUCAACACGCCACUCUACUCUUCAACACGGCUCUGGAACAGGGCAAAUGGGAUCUGUGUCGUCACAUGAUCCGCUUCCUCAAGGCCAUUGGUUCAGGGGAGAGCGAGACUCCGCCCAGCACACCCACCACACAGGAGCAGAGCUCCACGGGCGGCUUCGAGUUCUUCCGGAACCGCAGCAUCAGUCUGUCUCAGUCGGCCGACAGCAUCGCCGGCGGGAAGUUCAACCUGCAGAAGACCCUGAGCGUGCCAUCCGGCCCGUCCUCCAAAGGACUGCGGGAUCUGGGCUGUUUCUCCGCCCAGCUGGGCUUCGAGCUGAUUGGCUGGCUGUGUCGGGAGCGCAUGCGGGUGGCCCGGGUCGACGACUUUGUUACCGCCCUCAAAUGCCUGCAUAAAGACUUUCUGUGGCCAUUUCCUGUAAUCCCAGCAUGCUCCAUUAACUCGCCGCUAAAGAAUGGACGUUGCCGUCCAGUGUUGAGUUCUCGUUUGCUGAAGUCUCAGUCUGCGGACAGUUUGCUGAACAGUGACAUGGACACCACGCCCCCUCAGGUCACCACAGCCAAUCACAGAUGGCUGGACGGCUUGGGGGCGGUGUCAAAGGAACUGGACUCCGCCUCCUCUCACGGAGCACCGCAGACGCAGGAGGCCUUUCUCUCUCCUCUCAUUAACAAAGGAGAGGAGUACAGCAUCGGUUCAGCCACGGACCUCACUGAGACCAGCUCCAUGGUGGAUGGUGAUUGGACGAUGGUGGAUGAGAAUUUCUCCACCCUCAGUCUCAGCCAAUCAGAGCUGGAGCACAUCUCCAUGGAGCUGGCCAAUAAAGGGCCGCAUAAGAGUCAGGUGCAGCUGCGGUAUCUGCUGCACGUCUUCAUGGAGGCCGGCUGUCUGGAGUGGUGUGUGCUCUUCGGUCUGAUCUUACGAGACGCUGGUGUCAUUAAGCAGGUCGUGGGGUUUUUGGACAGUCCAGAAGUCCCAUCAGAAACGGUCCAGAGCAUCCGAGCCGGUCUGAUAGCGGUCGACCUGUGGGCCUCGUCUGAUUGUCUGGGCUACAAGCCGUUCCUGAGCCUGAUUCGUCCUCAGCUGCUGAAGCUGAUGGAGGUUCCUGUGGAGCAGGUUCAGCCCGAAGCCUUCCAGCCGGCCGGAGCGUCCAAACUGAGCGAGCCACCGCUGCUGCCCCGAGCCGAGGACGCUCGCGGGGCCGUGACGUCUGCUCACCCGCUGCCUCUGGACGGCCCCGCCGGAGCCAACGCCCGGCCCCUGGACGACACGCUGCAGGAGGAGCAGGAGGAGGAGCCGCUGGAGGAGGGAUCGUACGACUGCACCCUCUCCUGACGUGCUCGGACCUGCGUUACCUGUGUGUGUGUGUGUGUGUGUGUGUGUGUGUGUGUGUUAUUCCAGUUCGUCCAGACUGCAGUGUCGUGUGUGUUUUGCUGUGUUUUCAGCAUCCUGUGGUCAAAAGCAUCAUGUUUUGCUCUUUUCACUUUCACACUGCAAAACAUCACUUUCUUAGUUUUUUUGUCUUUUCCAGUACGAACAAACCUUCUGAAAUCAAGAUACAUUUACUGGAGAGGCAAAACCACUUGAUUUGAACUCUUGUUUUCUGAUAAAAAUAAUCAAAAU